AUGGCGCCAAAGCAAUCUAAGGUUCAGACGGAAAAGCCAAAUAUUGCAAAGCCAACUAGGAGUUCAGCCUCAACUUUGUCAGUUUUCAGGGAGAUAUACACUGAAUACAAACAAAAUACUCCUCGCAAGUUGAGGUUAAUAGACGCUUAUCUCGUGUAUAUUUUGGUAACGGGAAUAUUUCAGUUCGUAUACUGUUGCCUCGUCGGGACCUUCCCUUUUAAUGCGUUUUUGGCUGGAUUUAUCUCCACGGUUGCUUCCUUUAUACUUGCCGUAUGUCUACGUAUGCAUUCAAAUCCCGGGAACAAAGACGUUUUCCCCUCUUUCAUGCCUGAGCGCGCCUUCGGGGACUUCAUAUUUGCGCACGUUGUUCUGCACUUGGCUGUUUUCAAUUUUAUGGGUUAGAAUACGAUGACUCAAGUUGUCUGCCUUUCAAUACCAAUUCAUCUCUUCGGAGUGUGGGCUGUCCUUUGUACCAUGAGUUUUUACAAUUAAAUCUGGUGCCGACGUAUUCACCCUUUACUGUGAUUCAAAGUGUUGAUACAGCAAACUAGUGGGUUUUCCAUUCCGCAGAGAUUCCACGGUUUUAAGCUCUCAGUCACCAUAGGUGUUAACCGAAGUCGAUCAGGACUGGAAGAACGCGGAGCCUUAGAAUUCAUACAUCCAGAAAGCGAUUUUGUAUCCAUAUAUCUCACUAAAAAUAAAGAUCUACUUGUACUUGUGCUUCGUACGACUGCAAUUUAGCCGGCCCUGACGAUGGCCCGAGCUUUACCUCUUCACACAUAACUACCCUCGGUAGCGGAUCUGGACAGUUCAACCCAUUCUCUUCGACAACGACGAGGAUCAAAUACCGAAGAUCCAAGAGCUACUAUGUGCUAACGAACAAUGUCGAGCUAGGUUUUGGAUUGACCCGCGUUUCAACGCCUACAGUGGGGUAACGGUGCCGUAUCAAGGACAUUGACACAGAGCUCCCGAGGUGUAUGACAAAGAACGUGCCUAAGCCACCUCAUUUGUUUUUCUUGGGUGGCCUGGGUUAUCCUUGCAAUGUUGCCGCUGCGAGUGCGAACUGUAUCAUUUGAGACGAAGUCAGCGUACUUCACCUGAAAGAUGGUUUUCAAGCAGUGGUGGCCAAAUACCUCCAGUUUUCGCUCGUCCUCCACGCGCUUAUCCCAGCAUUUACAGCCGUAGCGAAGGACAGACUGGACGGAUGCACAGUACGCCCGAAUCCUAGCGGCGAGGGGGAUGUCGCGUCGGAUCCAUAGUGUUUUCUAAUGCCUGAAAAAACCGGGCAGGCACCACCAAUUCGGGAAAAAAUGUCGUUCUUUCUCUGUCCAUUCGACAGCAACCUCGCUCCGAGGUAUUUAGAACUGUCUACCUCUUCCGGUUGACAGCCAUCAAUUUUGAGAGGUGCCUUUUCCUGGCCAGGGACGCAGCUUGAAAAAGGUUAGUCUUCACAUCGUUUAUGGAUAAACCGACCGAUUUAGUGAUCUCGUUCACCCGUGACACCAUAGACUGCAGAUCCCCAGGACUUAAAGCAAGUAUGACGAUAUCCACGUCCUAGUCGAGACCAGUCAGCCGGCGUCCUGGCGCAAACUCAGAACGGUAAUCUUUGUGCAGCCCCCUCCCCGAGGAUCCAGUCAAUAGCGUAGUCCAAUAGAACGGGAGGCAGGGCACAACCUUGUCGAACGCCAGACCGAAUACCGAACGGUUGAGAAAGAUUGCUAUGGACCAGAACUCACAGUGGUGUAGCUGUAAUAGGCCUUGAUCACAGUGAUGGUUUUUGGCGGUACACCAUCUAGUGCCAUUGUCCACCACAAAGACUUACGGUGGGCGGGAUCGAACGCGAUGGCGGUCAGCAAAAGAGAAAGCCGUCGGUUGUUGGUAGCUGUCGCGGAAUCCAAGAACGCGCGUCAGUGUGAACACCUGGUCCGCACAUCCACGUCUGCCAUAGAGUCCACUUUGGUUGGAUCACGUCCGCGAGUCAUGCACAGCCUGGAAUCACUGGAGAAGGACAAUAACGAUGAUCUUCGCAGCAACGUCGAUGAGGCUUAUGCUGCGGUAGUUCUCGCAUCUCGUCGUAUCUUCCAUCGUGAAGACUGGUGCAAGGACCUCGUAGAGUUACGCGCAGCCUGGAAUCGCCUGAGAAGGACUUAA